AUGUCGGAUACAAAGAAGAAAAUAUUGGUUCUCAAUCCAGCGAGCAUUGAAAAGGCCAUAAAAGUUGCAAACACAUUGGAGACCAAGAAUGGGCCGUUUGAAGCAGUCCUGUGUUUAGGCGAUAUACUGAGCGAUGGAGAAUCGACAGAAAAUCUUUCGAAGUCCGUGGUGCCAUUUUAUUUUACAGAAGGAUAUAAAGACCUGUCUUCUCUUGAUAAUCAGAGAGAGACCUCGAAUCUGAACAUGUUGAGACCGAUGGGUAGAGUGAAGCUCUCCUGUGGGCUUCUCCUUGGAUAUCUGGCUGGAAAAGCAGAGGAGUUAACCGAUAAGGAAGUUAGCGAGUAUUUUUCUGAUCAGCUGAUUGAUAUUUUCAUUGCUUUCAAAUGGCCGCAAGCCAUAGGGAGAGAACAAAAGCUGUCGUUAGUGGGAUCUUCCAAGGUUGACAUUGCUGUGAAAUUAUCGAAGCCAAAGUAUGUUUUCGGGGUUGGAACAGAAGCUGGUCGAUUCUAUGAACGUGAUCUCUUUCAAUGGCCCGAUGGACGUCAAACUAGAUUUAUCAGUCUUGCCAGACAGGGAACCAAAGACAAAUGGCAUUAUGCAUUCUCCAUAACACCCGGCCAAACUGAGGAGGCCCUUUUGGAAGCCUCCAAAACAUCGCCAAAUCCCUUUCUCGAAUCUGAAGAAAAUUCGCUUGACAGAAAAAGACCUCAUUCUUCUGUUUCAUUGCCCCCAAUUCCCAAAAAUGCUGCUGCCAAAAGAAUGAAACCGGUGGGGCCCAAAAACUGCUUCUUCUGUCUGUCGAAUCCAAAUGUGUCUCUGCAUUUAGUCGUCUCUAUUGGGAACUAUGCAUACAUCACUGCUGCAAAGGGACCUCUCUGUUUGAAAAAUGAAAGUAUUCCAUUCUCGGGACAUGGCAUUAUAAUACCGAUUGCACAUGUGGCCACAUUAAAAGACUUCUGUGAAAUUGAUGAAACUUCCGAGUCUGCGAAUAUGUUACAGACUCCGAUGAUGAACGAGGUGUUAAGGUAUCAGGUUGGUAUCUUGAAAAUGUUCAAGUCCCUUACAGUCUCUAUAGACUACUCUGUGGUGUUCUGGGAGAUUUCCAGACAGACGGGUAUCCACUUCCACACGCAAUUUGUACCUGUUCCAACGGAGCUGUUGGAUAAUUUCGAGACUGUCAUGAAUGCCCAGAUCAAAACCAAUAAUGAGACUUUUGCGCGGAAUAUGGCCCUCAAGUUUCAAAAAGUGGAUAGCGAAGAUGUUGACGGGAAUGAAAGGUUGAACGCCAUACUGAAAAGCAGGGACUAUAUGUUGAUAACAGUAGCAACAUCUACUAUAAAGCAAACCAAGUACAUCUUUGAUUUGAACAAGGCUGAAGGUAUGCUGGACCUUCAGUUUCCUCGUCGUCUGCUGGCUACCAUACUGGAGACACCAGAGAGAACAUACUGGGAUAAAUGCAAACUCAGCGUCAAAGAGGAAACCGAAGAUACAGAGGCAUUUAAAAGAAGCUUUGAGAAGUUCGAUCCUACGAUAUGA